ACCUCCUCCUGAUUUCCUCGGCUUCUCAAGCCUUAUCUAACACCUGAUAAAAUAAUCCGGAUCGGUUACAAUCUUAGGGACACAAUUUUCUUUUACGCUAAUGGAACUAUUCAUGCGCCUUUCAAUCAAACCUACUCCUAAUACAUAUAUAAAAGGCGGGGAAAGAAACCCAUGGUCAUUAUCAGUUUGGAAGCUGAGAAAAUAUUACAUCAUGAUUAAGUUAUCUCUUGUUCUACUACCAACAUGUACAGCGGCACUGCUUACCAUGCAAUUACUGUUGGCUCCAAUCUUGGCUUUCAAGAAAUCCUCUAAUGUGGGCGAGUUCAUGGUCGAGGAUCAACGGACGCGCAUGAGACAAAACUACGUUCUACAGGAAGCUCUGAAUAACGACAUGGACACGGAUAAAAUGCGAAUGACGUAUGUAAACGACCCGCUCAAUCCUAACACAAACCCUGAAGAACUGCCCGCACUUAUAGUGGACUAUGCCAAUAUGAUUAGAAAUGAUAUUAUACUGCUGGACAAUUCUGUUGAAACACGCACUAGGAAAAGAGGAAAUAUCAAAGUGGAAAAAUACGAUCAAGUUGGUCCCAUAAAAGAAGUACCGUGCAGAUGUGAACUAGAAACGAAAGACCCUAUGUAUUUGGACGCUGACCAUUUCCCGAGCUCUGUGGAAACCAGAGUGUGCGAUACUAGCCUUUGUCCUAAUCCAUACAAAUGCCAUCCGCGAUUACAUAAUAUAACUGUAUUGAAAAGAAAUAGGAAGUUAAGGCAAACCGAUGAAUUAUUUGAAGAGGAGUUACCAGAAGACUUUCCAAAGCACUGGGUGGCGAUUAAGAAACCCGUUAUAGUUGGUUGUUUAUGCCUAAGGAAUUAUGAUGGUAGAAGCUAAUAAAGACAGAAAUAACUUUAUACGGCAGGAAAAAUAUUUUAAACCUUAUCAGAUACCUAAGUACUUACCUCUCUAGUUUAAUAAAUUUUUGAUUUAAAGAA